AUGCCAGCAAACAGCAAUAACACCAUUUCAGCCUGCGGCAGAGCCAUUGCCAUCUCAGCUGUACUAGAGCGGGCACUUGGCCCCGUUUCGGUGGAGGUCUUUUCGCGUCUGGCCAGAAACAAGGCCCAAAGAUCUUUUGAGCUGCUGAGGAAGGAUACUACACCUGGGAGUCUUCCUGAAGUCCAUGCUAGACGUAUCCGAGCGCCCAUUGACCAAGAUGCGGGCGACACCACCAAGGAUCAACAGCCUACCCCUCAACAAUCACUCUCCCCCAAGGAAUACCAACUUCGCCGUCUGGAUUUCAAACCAGAGAUACUCGACAUCCCAACAUUCCAGCAGAUUAUAAGGAAGAUGCUUUACUUGGAAGAGCUGGACAUGCGAGGACUAUGGCAGGACAUCCCCAUCGAUACAUGGUCAACACUCUCGACAUAUUGUUGUAGCCUCCGUACCCUACGAAUCCAUCUCCAGGACAUCAACACAGGAUCGCCCACAAUUCCGGAUUUGAUCGCGUUUUUCCCUCAACUUCACACUCUGGAGAUGCAUUCUCAGCUUUUCAGGUCAGAUCCAGACCUAUCGACCUUGGGGUCAGUCCUGCAACAGCACGAACAAAAGCACGGCACUCCACAUCCGUUAAAGUCGCUCCUGAUCAUAGGACGGCUGAAUCAGUCAGACAAACUCUUGGUGGACGCCUUGACGCAGGGGUUGGCCCACCUGGAGGCGUUGCAAAUCGAAAAACUACAUGUCGACCAUGAUAGGCCUGUGCAGGACGUGGACCUUUCCUUCUCUUCUCAGCAAGUUUUGGAGGGGCUGUUGUCAAUUGAUUUGUUGCUGCUGCCCAUUCGAUGCCAGGAUACGUUGCGACAACUUCACGUCUCCGACGUGCCAUUCCUCGACAAGCCCCUGGCGGUUCAGUUCUUCGCCCGACUCCAGGAAUUCAGUGGUUUAAGAACACUUCAGAUCUCAAUUCAACACCUCCGAGACCUCGUAUCCUACCCGCCCUCUGCUUCAGAGCUCGCUUCUAUUGGAAGCAGGACAACAGGCGACACUCGACAGAACAAUGGGAACAGGAAUGCACCGAAACCAAAAAUGGAAUUUUCAUUUCCAACCGUCCAGGUUCUAAAGCUGACAGGCGUCCACGAGAUAUCUGGAGGAGAUCCGGAACGAAAGGAAACCACCCGACCACUGGAGCUGUGCGAGAUUCGACUUUUCAUAGCUGCGUUUCCAUCGCUCACACAUCUCCACAUCCAAAUCACACCUGAUGUUAAUCCGAAGCAGUUCAACCCUGCUCGGUUUUUAGAGCGUUUGAUCCCCAAGGUCAAAGUCAUUACCUUCUUUGAGUAA